AGGCUAAACAGGUACAUGUGUUCUACCUUGUGGGGACCUAACAUUGACCUGGAGACUGUAGACGACACCCUGAGACAACAGGCUAAACAGGUACACACAGCAUGUGUUUUACCUUGUGGGGACCUAACAUUGACCUGGAGACUGUAGACGACACCCUGAGACAACAGGCUAAACAGAUAUGUUAUGGUAUAAUCUAUGGGAUGGGAGCCAAAUCUCUGGGGGAGCAGAUGGGGAUCGAGGAGGACGAUGCAGGUGCUUAUAUCGAGAGCUUCAAGGACCGAUACACAGGUGUCCAUAGGUUCCUGAAGGAGACUGUGCGUAGCUGUGUGAAGAAGGGUUUUGUCCAGACUCUACUGGGAGGAGGAGAUACCUACCUAACAUCAACAGCAACGGCUACACCAGGAAACAGGCGGAGCGCCAGGCUGUUAACACGACAGUCCAGGGGUCAGCUGCUGACAUCGUUAAGCUGGCUACGGUCAACAUCCAGCAAUGUCUUAGAGACACCUACCCUACUGCUCCCCUCUCACACCAACACACAGAGAGCCGUGGUCAUGGCAGGGCUGUUAAACGUCAUCGUGGGGCGUUUUUCAUCCUGCAGCUUCAUGAUGAACUCAUCUAUGAGACCGCAGAGGAGGACCUCAUACAGGUGGCUCAAAUAGUGAAAAGAGAGAUGGAGAGUGCUGUGAAGCUCUAUGUUAAGCUGAAAGCCAAGGUCAAGGUGGGACCCAGCUGGGGGAACCUGCAGGACCUGGACAUCUGAACAACGUCCCAAUGAUCUCCCCUUCCUCCCAAAGGACCUGAACAAUGUCCCAAUGAUCUCCCCUUCCUCCCAAAGGACCUGAACAAUGUCCCAAUGAUCUCCCCUUCCUCCCAAUGAUCUCCCCUUCCUCCCAAUGAUCUCCCCUUCCUCCCAAUGGUCUCCCCUUCAAGAGGAAGGAGGUGUUAUUGGGACCUGUUGGUGACAGAGCAGAGGCACAGUAUUUAUGAAUAUCUCAAGGAGUUCCACAGUUUGUGACUUCGUGGGUUUAAUGUUUGUGUCUUGAACAUAUUUUUUAACCAGCGUAAUGAAUUUAAUGUAACGAGGAGGACUUUAGUGGGUCCACAUCAACCUGCUGAGAUGAAGGGGAAAUGAUGUUUUGAUCCCAGUAAUAUUGAUAUAACAUGGUUACUGUCCACUAUAAAUACUAUUGAUAUAACAUGGUUACUGUCCACUAUAAAUACUAUUGAUAUAACAUGGUUACUGUCCACUAUAAAUACUAUUGAUAUAACAUGGUUACUGUCCACUAUAAAUACUAUUGAUAUAACAUGGUUACUGUCUACUAUAAAUACUAUUGAUAUAACAUGGUUACUGUCCACUAUAAAUACUAUUGA